AUCUCUGCCUUCCUUUCCAGCUCCAACAUUCUACUGUUCCUGUGACUCCCAAGGAGCCUGAUAGGAGUGGAAGACAGAAGACCACUUGUUACUAGGCAACCAGCACCCACCUCACCCAUGUUGCCAUGGUGAUAAUGAAAGUUGGGCUGAUCAAAUUACCAGCUAAUUGCACAUGAGAACUCCAGGGGCUGUGUGGUUACCUUCUCUUCCUCUCUCCUGCCACCCUAGUCUUCUGACUCCUGUUACUCGAAGCACAUUGGCCUGGAUCUCAAGCUGCCUUAGUCCUCUUCUGUCAUUUCCAAGAGUGGUGGCCUCAGAUCUCUCCCUGGGGCCACAGCAGCCGAGUGCGCAUCAAACCUGAAGAAAAUCUACACGGUACAGACGGUGCAGAUAUUCUGGAGCGUGUACAAUAAUAUCCCUCCUGUGGCCAGUCUGCCUUUGAGAUGUAGCUAUCAUUUAAUGAGAGGAGAGAGGCGACCACUUUGGGAAGAGGAGAGUAAUGCGAAGGGCGGCGUGUGGAAGAUGAAAGUGCCCAAGGACAGCACGUCCACAGUUUGGAAAGAGUUGUUGUUAGCGACUAUCGGGGAACAGUUCGCAGGCUGUGCCGCAGCAGAUGACGAAGUCAUAGGCGUCAGCGUUAGCGUUCGGGACCGAGACGAUGUGGUCCAAGUCUGGAAUGUAAAUGCCUCUCUAGUGGGCGAAGCAACCGUUUUAGAAAAGAUCUAUGAACUCCUGCCCCACAUAUCUUUUAAAGCAGUAUUUUAUAAACCCCAUGAAGAGCAUCAUGCUUUUGAAGGUGGACGUGGACAGCACUAAUUGCACUCUGUAAAGAAUGCUUUGUCCUUUGCUGAUUGGUUUUGGAAACAGUCUUAACAGGAGGGAGAGAAGAGAAGACUUGCCGAAGUCCGAUGCUGGUCACUUAGUGGGUUUCUGUCCGGCAGACGGGCAGUUAGGGCUCCAAGUGGCAGGUGGGGUGGGGGAAACUGGGUUUCUACCGUCACAUUGCUUGGUUUUGUUUUUUGGUUUUUGCUUUCUGUGUUCUUUUCACUCCAAUUUUUUAGCCCUUUUAAAUUCCAUAUUUGGUCUAAUUAUUGUUUGUGCACUCUCCUUUCGUGGAGGCACAGGAAAUCAGUCCCUUUAAGUGGCGGGGCUGUACCUAGUCAUAGUACAUGCAUCCUCGUGACAGGACUGCUUCGGAAACCACGCUGCUCUCGCAGGAAGCCCGCUGGUGAGACCUGUCUUGGUUAUUCCUGGUUGUGACACACUCCUACGUACCAUGUACUGGGCAUUGGGAGAAGCAAAACCACACUUACUCAGAUGUUGCACUGACAGCACACACAUCUUUUAUUUUUCCUUUUUAAAACUUCUUUUUAUAGCUAUAAAAGGAAAGUAAUCGUUGGGUUAACUCACAUGAAAACUGUAAUGACACUUGAGUAUCAGGAUACAACUCAAACUCUAGGUUUGGACUCUGUGAACAUAUUUCUAACGGAGUGUCAGUCGGGCCUUUUCACAGGAAGGUGAGACGGUGACGGGCUUCCCCAGAUGAGAAGCCCCUUCCGGUUUCAGAGGAGAGAACUCUAGUUGCUUGUGAAGUUGCUUCUCCCACAUUUCGGGCGUGCGCCCACCUGGGGCUCUCCACAUCGAUAGACACCUCUGGUUAAAUGACCCCCUUUCCUGCCCAGAUUGUGUCAUUCCAGUGAUGAGCAGUCCCCCAAAAUGGGCAGCUUCGCCUUUUUUUCAUUUCGGGGCAGGAAGGUAAAUCUCCUUUCCAAAACGAAUGUGAACAUUUACAAAGUUGAACUUGGAGUGCAUAUUUAUUCAUAUUAAUUUUUGGAGUUGUUAAUCUGUAUUGUAUUCUGUUACCAAAGAAAUUCUGGUUUCACUGGAAGGAAACGGCCACACUUUGGAACGCUGAGACCUGCUCAAAGCUCCCCGUCUCAUGCCCUGACCGCCGGCUUCUGCUUUUGCUGAGGGGGUCGCUUGAAGCUGCCUGUCCUCCUAGUGACCUUUGGCGCCA